UCCCACUGGGGAGACAAGAUGAAUAUCUCUUUGAGGUUUGCAAAAAGUAGCCCAUAGAGGCAUACACUGUUGAUCCUUCUAAGACUUACAGAUGAAAUAUCCUGAUAACAAAGAGCUGUAAAAAGGCAGAAGCCCAAAGCAUUUUACUAGUGCUCUGAUGCCUAGUCAGAGAAUGCUGCUUGCUGUUGACCCACACACCAAAGGAGAUUUCUGGGGGAUCAUGGCUGAGGUGGAACUAUCAGAAAUAUCACUCAAAAGAGCUGAGGAACAGAAGGAGGAAUGAAACUGGGGAGUCAAGAUGGAGCAGAGCCACAAGAGAGGAUACAAACGUGGAAGCCAGGGCAUGAGUCAAGAGGGGGAAGAAAGUAUACAUCCCCUGACUGUGGGGAAAGUUUCAGGGAGAUAUAUAACCUGACAAGACAUCAGAAGAUACACAUUAUACAUGCCUUACUGUUGGGAACAUUUCAGCGACAGUUCAAACCUUACUGUAAAUAACAGAGCCCGCACAAAAGACAAAUCACAUCAUUGCUUGGAGUGUGGAAGGCGCUUCAGACUCAGUACAAAUCUCAAUCUGCAUCAAAGAUUUCACAGAGAUGAGAAAGAAUAUGAAUGCUUGGAGUGUGGAAAGAGAUUUUGUCAUAGAUCAGGCCAAAGAUUGCACACAGGAAAGAAACCUUCUAAAUGUUUGGAGUGUGAAAAGACAUUCAGUCAAAGUACCUCACUUACUUUGCAUCAAAGAACUCAUACAGGAGAGAAACUUUACAAAUGCUUGGAGUGUGGAAAGGGCUCCAGUGAGAGCUACAGCCUUACUUUGCAUCAAAGAACUCAUAGAGGGUGCAAAGCUUAUAAAUGCUUGGAGUGUGGAAAGAGCUUCAAUCGUCGUCAUCACAAUCUUACUUCGCAUCAAAAAAAUCAUAAAGGAGACAAACCUUAUAAAUGCCUGGAGUGUGGAAAGAGCUUCAGUUGUCAUGACUACCUUACUUCACAUCAAAUAACUCAUACAGGGGACAAACCUUGUAAAUGCUUGGGGUGUGGAAACAGCUUCUGUCAGAGUAGCAACCUUACUUCACAUCAAAGAACACAUACGGGGUGCAAACCUUAUAAAUGCUUGGAGUGUGGAAAGAGCUUCAGUUACAGGAGCACCCUAACUAAACAUCAAAGGAUUCAUACAGGGGAUAAACCUUAUAAAUGCUUGAGAGUGUGGAAAGAGUUUCCGUCAGAGUAGCAACCUUACUUCACAUCAAAGAACACAUACAGGAGAGGAGCCUUAUAAAUGCUUUGAGUGUGGAAAGAGCUUCAGUAACAGUAGCACCCUUACUUUACAUCAAAGAACUCAUACAGGAGACGAACCUUAUAAAUGCUUGGAGUGUGGAAAGAGCUUCAGUCAUCAUGACUACGUUACUUCACAUCAAAGAACUGUGGAAUAGUCUUCCCGAUGAGGUGCGCUUGGUGCCGACGUUGUUAUCUUUUCGGCGCCAAGUUAAAACCUUCCUCUUUUCUCAGGCAUUUUAGUUUUUUAAGUAUGUUUUAAUUGUUUUUAGAUCUGUGGAUUUUUACUUAUGUGUUCCUCGCACUGAAUUAUAGGAUUUUAUUGUAUAUAUUUAUAUUUUUUCUGUUGUACACCACCCAGAGAGCUAUGCUAGUUGGGCGGUAUUGAAAUUUAACAAAUAAAUAAAUAAAAUAAAUAAAGAACUCAUACAGGAGACAAACCUUAUAAAUGCUUGGAGUGUGGAAAGAGCUUUGGUUAGAAUGGCAAUCUUCAGGCACAUCAAAGUGCACAGGAGACAAACCUUAUAAAUGCUUCAAGUGUGGAAAGAGCUUCGGUCAGCCUGGCCACCUUACUUUUCAUAAAAGAACUCAUACAGGAUACAAACAUUAUAAAUGCAUGGAGUGUGGAAAGAGCUUUAGUCAGAAUGGCAGUCUUAGUAAACAUCAACAGAUCCAUACAAGGGAAAAGCCAUAUAAAUGUGUUCCCUGUGGAAAAAGCUUUAAGCAGAAUGCCCAUCUUUCUGUGCAUCAAAAAACACAUACAGGGCACAAACCUUAUGAAUGCUUGGCGUGUGGAAAGAGCUUCAGUCAGAAUAGCAUCUUUGCUUCACAUGAAAGUAUUGUUGCGAGUUUUGGGGUUGGAAUGGAUGAUUCCUGUGAGUCCCCUUCCAGCCUCUGAUUUGGAGACUUGCUCCUAGGGG